AGAAAAGGAGCUUUUAAUCUGUAGAUUUUAAUCGAAGCAGAGCCAAGGGUGGAGGACAAUCUGUGGAUUAUCGGCUUCAGCUUUUGGCAUCAAAAACUUCAUCUGGUGGAGAUCUUUUUAUAAACAGCAAAGGACAUCUUCAUUCUACCAGCCCACUCAAGGUCCAUUUCUGUGAAUGCCUCUUUAUUAUUACAUAGCUCACUUUUUUGGUUAUGUAAGGUCCUGGAUCCUUCCUCUGAACUCAGCCACUUUUCAUUCAUUCAGAUCUGAAACUGUGAACUCUGAGGGAGUUCUCUCAGCUUUACAGUCUUCAGAGCCUUGUUUGAAUCUGCUUUAGCCAUGUUACGCUGCGUCCUUCAGAGGGCUAACAACUUGAGACGUUCAGACCCUCUGGCCAGUGUCACGUUUAGAGGGUCAAAGAAGAAGACUAAGGUCAUUAAAAACAAUCCCAACCCAGUCUGGAAUGAGGGUUUUGAAUGGGAUCUGAAGGGGAUUCCUCUGGACUCUGGAGCAGAGAUUCACUGUGUGGUCAAAGACCAUGAGAAAAUGGGAAGAAACAGGUUUCUGGGUGAAUGUCGGCUGGGUCUCCGAGAUGUUCUCAAUUCGCCCAACUUUGCCGCCACCUUCACUGUCUCGCUGUUGGACACAAAGAGAAACAAUACGGGGGCCACGCUGACCCUGCAGGUCUCCUACAUCCCUCCUGCAGGAUCAGCUCCGAUUUUCCAUCCUCCCCCGCAGCCCGAGUCUCUUCCUCACAGCAAUCCCAACAUAGAGCUGGACACAGUUACAAUGAUUUCCCUGGAUACUCUGGGUGAGGAGGACACAGAGAGUAUGAUCAUGGUGGAGCCUGCAGAGGACCCAGGAAUUGACGACAGCCGCUCUAUGGUGAUUGUUGGCCCCCAGGGGCCUCCAGGGCAGGAGUCUCCCACUGCCCACACACCCAAACGCUCCCCGCCAGCCUAUAACACCCAUGGAGGACUGAGGAAGAGGAAGAGAGGAGCCAGCAGUCAGCCCAAACAGCUGCCUAACAAACCUCAGGACAUACAGAUUCGUGUUCGGGUCAUUGAAGCACGACAGUUACCAGGAGUCAACAUCAAACCUGUUGUGAAGGUCGCUGUAGGCGGACAGUCUAAGAGGACCCGCAUCAGAAAGGGAAACAACCCGGUCUUUGAUGAAACAUUUUUCCUAAACUUUUAUGAGACACCAUCAGACUUGUUUGAUGAACCCAUCUUCAUCACUGUGUGUGACUCUCGCUCACUUAGAACUGAUGCCGUGGUUGGUGAAUUUAAGCUGGAUGUUGGCACUGUGUACAACGAGCACAGACAUUGCUUCUUAAGAAAAUGGUUGCUGCUGUGUGACCCUGACGAUCUAUCGGCCGGGGUCAGAGGUUACCUGAAAGUCAGCGUCUUUGUCCUGGCAUCUGGAGACGAACCACCGGCUGAUAAACGAGAGUGUGUUGAGGAAAAAGAAGACAUAGAAGGAAACCUGCUCAGACCAGCAGGCCUUUCUCUGAGAGGAGCCAUCUUUACACUGAGGAUUUUCAGAGCUGAAGAUUUGCCACAAAUGGACGAUGCCUUCAUGGAUGGAAUGAGGCAGAUUCUUGGGUUUGAUUCCAACAGAAAGAACUUGGUGGAUCCAAUGGUGGAGAUUAACUUUGCUGGAAAAACGGUCUGCACAAAGAUUCUAGAGAAAAACGCAAACCCUCAGUGGAACCAAAGCCUAGCAAUGCCCAUUAGAUUCCCUUCCAUGUGUGAGAAGAUGAGGAUCCGAAUUGUAGACUGGGAUAGAGCUAGUCAUAAUGACGUCAUCGGCACCACCCACCUAUGUAUGUCCAAGAUAUCGGCCCCAGGAGGAGAAAUUGAUGAUGACUUGACCCCUCGGACCGCCCACCCAGGCAUUGAUGACAGCCUUGGUUUCCUGCCGACAUUUGGCCCUUGUUUUGUCAAUUUCUACGGGAGUCCCAGAGAAUUCACUGCCUUUAAUGAUCCCCAUGAAGCUCUUAACCUUGGAAAAGGGGAAGGAGUAGCAUACAGAGGCAGAGUUUUACUUGAACUGACCACAAAACUGACUGACAAACCUGAGCACAGGAGUGAAGACAUAGCAUCAGAUGACCUGCUGGUAGUGGAGAAGUUUCUCAGAAAGAGAAAGUUCUCUCUCUUUGUGGCGUUUUACUCAGCCACGCUGCUUCAGGAUGUUGAUGAUGCCAUCCAGUUUGAAGUCAGCAUUGGUAACUAUGGCAACAAGUUUGACUACAGCUGCCUCCCUCUGGCCUCAACCACACAGUUCAGCAGGGCUGUGUUUGACGGUUGCCACUACUACUACCUUCCCUGGGGAAAUAUUAAGCCAGUGGUGGUUCUUUCUUCAGAAUGGGAAGACAUUCGACCAAGGAUUGAAGCUCUCAACAUGUUGCUUGCGAUCAUAGACAGAUUGGAAACAAACCUGCAACAAGUGCAGUUUGAAGUGAAGGCAGGAAGUGACAUGGAGGAUGUAGAGCUGCGUGUUGUAGAGCUUUUAGAUCAGCUCAUUGCAGACUGCAGUAAGGAGCUGCCCUCUAUCGACCAGUGGCAGUGUGCUACUCCUCUUGACCGCUCAUUGAGACACAUUCGAAGCCUCCACUUGCAGCAGAUCACAGCCGCAGCUCUGGCACUGAAACACGGACCAGAAACUGAACUGUCCUCAGUGCUGGAGCAGGCGGAGGACUGGGCCAACAGGCUGAGGACCAUAGCUGAGGAGCCUCAGAAUAGUCUCCCAGACAUUAUCAUCUGGAUGCUGCAGGGCGACCGCAGGGUGGCUUACCACCGCAUCCAGGCUCACACUGUCCUCUUCUCCCAGCAAUACUGUGGGAAACACUGCGGACAGCUGCAGAGCAUCUUUCUGAAGAACCCGCAGGGCAGCGGGAGCGAAACCAAACUUCCUGGUCAGCUGAGGGUGAAGGUGUGGUUCGGACUGGCUGCUGAUGCCAAACACUUCAACCAGUAUGCUGAAGGGAAACUGUCUGUCUUUGCAGAGACGUACGAGAACCAGACUCGGCUGGCUCUGGUAGGAAGCUGGGGAACGACAGGUUUGACCUACCCGAAGUUCAGCGACGUCACUGGGAGGGUGAAGUUGCCCAAAGAGAGCUUUAAGCCCUCGCCUGGAUGGACCUGGGCUGGAGACUGGUUCAUCAGCCCUGAGAGGACACUGCUGUUUGAUGUGGAUGCAGGUCACAUGACCUUCACAGAGGAGGUGUUUGAGAACCAGAUGAGGUUACCGGGUGGGCAGUGGAUCGGCAUGCCGGAGGGCUAUACUGACGUGAACGGGGAGAAAACUGUGCCAAAGGACGAGGUGGAGUGUCCUCCUGGGUGGGUUUGGGAGGAGGUGGAGUGGAGCGAAGAUCUCAACAGAGCUGUUGAUGAUCAAGGCUGGGAGUAUGGCAUCACCAUUCCUCCAGACCGCCGUCCUAAGUCAUGGGUUCCUGCAGAGAAGAUGUACCACACCAACAGAAGGAGACGAUGGAUAAGGAUGAGACGGAGAGACCAGCAGAAGAUGGAGGCCCUCAGGAAGCAGCGUCCAGAUGAUACAGACAGAGAAGGCUGGGAAUAUGCAUCUCUGUUCGGCUGGAACUUCCACCUGAAACCCAGGAAGACAGACAGCUUCAGGAGGCGCAGGUGGAGGUGCCGCAUGGAGCCGCUGGAGAAGACUGGGCCGGCUGCCAUCUUUGCUCUGGAAUGUUCCCUGAGCAGCAUAGAGGACAAGCACGAUGACAAGUCGGUCACCACCACCUUUGGAGUCAACAGACCAACAAUUUCCUGUUUCUUUGACCGCGGCACCCGCUACCACUUGCGCUGCUACAUGUAUCAAGCCAGAGACCUGCUGGCCAUGGACAAAGACAGCUUUUCAGACCCCUACGCCAUUGUGUCGUUCCUCCAUCAGUCUCAGCGGACAGUGACCGUCCGUAACACCCUCAAUCCCACCUGGGAUCAGACGCUUAUCUUCUACGAGGUGGAGAUUUUUGGAGACCCCGAGGCAACCAUCGCGAAUCCUCCUGAAAUUGUGGUGGAGCUUUAUGAUGAGGACUCAUAUGGAGCAGAUGAGUUCAUGGGCCGCUGUGUGUGCCAGCCCUCCCUGACUCCCUCGCCACGACUCGCCUGGUUCCCGAUUCGCAGAGGGAGCUCCAGCGCCGGCGAGCUACUGGCUGCCUUCGAGCUCAUACGUAGAGAAAAGCCUGCAGUUCACCACCUUCCAGGUCUAGAGGGCGAUGUCAUCAGUUCAACCCAUGCGCUGGAUGAGUUGAUGUUUCCAGGAUUCCUCUCUGAAAACCUGCAGCAAUGGCCAGAGGAGACGGACCUUCCCUAUCCACCUCCUCAGAGGGAGCCCAAUGUCUUCAUGAUUCCCCAGGGCAUCAAACCUGUUCUGCAAAGAACUGCUAUUGAGAUCUUAGCGUGGGGCGUUCGAAACCUCAAGAGUUUCCAGCUGUCCAGUGUUACGUCUCCAAGCCUGCAGGUGGAGUGUGGAGGCACCAUGGUGCAGAGCUGCGUCAUCCGCAGUGUGAAGAAGAAGCCAAACUUUGACAUCAAUACGCUCAUCCUUGAUGUGAGACUUCCCCGUGAGGAGCUUUACAUGCCGCCUAUUGUAAUCAAAGUCAUUGACAACCGUCAGUUUGGGAGGAAGCCGGUGGUCGGUCAGUGCACCAUUCGGUCACUUGAGGAGUACCGAGGCACACAAGAGGAAGAGCAAACAGAGCAGGAGGAAGAAGAGGGCGGAUGGAGACGUGAAACACCUAUGGUAACAACUGGAGAAGUCUUCAUUGACAUUGACGAUCGAGAGCCACUUGUUCCUGACCAGUUUGCAGAUGGGGCCAGUUCGGCUAUCAUUAAUCUCUCAACCUCUAGUUCCAGCCUUCAUCUGUUGCAAUGGGCCGAGGAGUUCAUGGACUGGUGGAGUAAAUUCUAUGCUUCCAUUGGAGAUAAAAACAAGUGUGGGACUUACCUGGAGAACGGCCUGGAUACUCUGAAGGUUUAUGACCGGGAGUUGGAGAAGGUGGAGGAUUUUGAGGGUCUCUCUGACUUCUGCAAAACAUUUAAACUAUAUAGGGGAAAGACUCAGGAUGAAGGAGAAGACCCUUCGGUUGUGGGAGAGUUCAAGGGUAUGUUUAAGAUCUACCCACUGCCAGAUGACCCGUCAGCUCCAGCUCCCCCCAGACAUUUUAAAAAACUUCCCCCAAAUGGCAUCGAAGACUGUUUGGUGCGGGUCUACAUAAUCGAGGCUCAAGGGCUGCAGCCCAAAGAUGCCAACGGGAAGUGUGACCCUUAUGUAAAGAUCACUUUGGGGAAAAAGACCAUCAAUGACCAUGAAAACUACAUACCCUGUACUUUGGACCCCGUGUUUGGAAAGAUGUUUGAGCUCACCUGCUCCCUCCCUGUGGACAAGGACCUGCGGGUGAUGUUAUAUGACCAUGAUAUGGUCACAAAAGACGAAAAGAUUGGAGAGACAGUGAUUGACUUGGAGAAUCGCUUCCUGUCCAAAUAUGGAGCCACAUGCGGUCUGCCAAAGUCCUACUGCAUAUCAGGACUUAACCAGUGGAGGGAUCAGCUUACACCCAGGCAGCUGCUCUGCAGACUAUGUGAACGACGAAACCUAAAGAAACCCAUCUAUGAAGAUGACGCAAUCCAGUUCAGAGGAAAGAGAUACACAGCUGCAGACCUUGAUGACAAAGAAAUAUCCAAACAAUGCCUCGGUCCACUUAAGGAGCGAUUGUCCCUUCAUAUAUUGAGGAAAAUGGGGCUGGUACCUGAACAUGUGGAAACCAGACCACUUUACAGUCCUCUACAGCCUGACAUAGAGCAGGGCCGACUGUUGAUGUGGGUGGACCUCUUUCCUAAGUCUUUGGGACCGCCUGGACCCCCAUUCAAUGUCACGCCUCGCAAGGCCAAGAAGUUCUUCCUGCGCUGCAUCAUCUGGAACACCAGUGAUGUCCUCCUGGAUGAUAUCAGUGUCACCGGAGAAAAGAUGAGUGACAUCUAUGUCAAAGGCUGGCUUGAUGGACAUGAACACAACAAGCAGAAGACAGACGUCCACUACCGCUCUCUAGGAGGCGAGGGCAACUUUAACUACAGAUUCCUGUUUCCCUUCCACUACUUGCCAGCAGAGCAGCUAUGCGUUGUGGACAGGAAGGAACACUUCUGGAGCAUUGAUAAAGCUGAAACCAAAGUGGCGCCUAAAAUUACCAUCCAGAUCUGGGACAAUGACAAGUUCUCCUUUGAUGACUACCUCGGCCACAUAGUGAUGGACCUGAACCACAUGUUGCGUCCUGCCAAGUCUCCAGAGAAAUGCACCCUGCAGACGCUGGACCAGCCCAUGGAAAAACUGGUCUCUCUAUUUGAACAGAAGACCGUUAAAGGAUGGUGGCCCUGCACCUGUGAGAAAAACGGGGAGAAGAUAAUUGCUGGGAAAGUGGAGAUGUCCCUGGAGAUAGUGACAGAGCAGGAACAUGAGGAGAGACCAGCUGGGCUUGGCAGAGAUGAGCCCAACAUGAACCCCCAUCUAGAGGAGCCCCAGCGUCCAGAGACGUCCUUCCUCUGGUUCUCCUCGCCCUAUAAGACCCUCAAAUUUAUUGUGUGGAGGCGAUUCAAGUGGUUCAUUAUCCUUUUCAUUAUCCUCUUCCUCAUCUUCCUCUUCCUGGGUGUCUUCUUGUACUCCUUCCCGAACUACGCUGCCAUGAAGAUGGUUGGACCAUUUGGACCUGCCAAGGCUAAAGAUCAGUGAUGUGGAAGAAACUUGAGGAAAGAAAAGACGUCAAAAGGACAUAAAAAUCAGGAAAUUUAUUCAAAAGUGAUAUUCAUGCUUUUGUCUUCUGAGGCCUUCUCAUCUUGCUGUAGCUCUGAUUGAAGAACCUGAAGUCAGUCAAGUUUUACUUUAAAACCCUGAUUCUGAGCAUCAACAUACAGUAAUCAAAAGAGCAAAGAAACAUACAGACACUAUUUUUUUUAUCCCUUUAUGCUUUAUGCUGCCAAGGUUAGAUUUGAUUAAAAAACUCCAUAUUUGUUUAGCAUUUUACUCGAAAAUUGUUUUGCAGAGUGUAGAAAUGUAAUUGAUUAUUUGAUUGGAUGUAUUUUGCUCUGAGUCGAUGUGAUCACAUGAUGCUAUUAGGUGUUGUCUAACCUGCCUAAGUGUCCACUUAGCUGCUGUCUCUUUAGUCUUUCCUAAAGUUGCACUUUUAUUCUCCUCACUCCAUCCUUAAUUUGCAUUUUUAUGGAAUAUUUGAUAAUUAUUUGAUCAAAUUCUACUUUAAUAGUUCAUUUUAAUAAUGCAGCGCAUUGAAACACAAUUAGUCUAAAUCAAACAGAGGAACCCGAUGAAACAUUUUAGAUUGAUUGGAAUUAAAUUUUCAUUUCAAUAAUAAGAUUUUCUUUUUUCCGUUUUCAAAAUGUAACCAUUCUGAUCUUCUCUGUAGCAAAUCCCUAAUGGUGUUAGCAUUUGCUUAGAUAUUGCGCUAUCCAGUGGCCACGCUGUUAGAGCUGAUCUCUAUCUGAAAGUUAAAAUUAUACCUGAAAAUGUUUGUUUAUCUUUAUAAAGAUUAAAGUUUAAAAAAGAUUUGUCAAAUGGAAUUAAGUUUAGAUUUUCUGUCCAAGAUUUUUAUGCAGCCUGUUUUUUUCAGCACUCAAGCUGACCUUUAAGGAAAGGCUUUAAGAAAAUAAAAGGACGCAGUUGUUGUGUUUAAACCUUUUUAGCUUGAUUUUCACAGUAAUGAAAACUUAAGAACAACAGGGAACUUGAGGUAGGCUGAAUGGGAACUUUAUCAAAACUUAACUUGAGGCCCCUCUUCCUAUUUGGAAAUAUUAAACCACUGACAGUAUCUCUGAACCCGGGCCACAUUUCAUUUUCUUAAAGCAAUUGGAAAUUAUCAGUUAUUACAGUAGUUAUUAAUCAGUAACUACUCAAACAAUAAAGAAAAUGUUUAGUUUUCGGAAUCAGACUUUAACUAUGGUAACACAACAUUCAACAAAGUAACAAGUAAACAUCUUUCUUCUCAUUCCCAUUCUGUUCCCUGUUGCUUCACUGCUGCCUCUCUUCCUCUUCGAGCCUCACAGCUCUAACGGUUCAGCAGGUUAAGUUGAGGAUUUGUUACUGUUGAUCUCAGAGCUUGGGUUUUGUUAGUUCAGAGCAGCUCUAGGAUGGAUGAACUGACCUGAUAAGAACUCAUAACGCUGUCUGUUUGCCAGGUUUUUAAAUCCUACAGCAGCUGCUGAUCCUUUCAUAACCAGAACACGAGAAACAAAAGGAAAAUAAUCUGAAAUUUUAUUUAUUUAUUUUUUUAGUUAGAGAGCAUAUAAUUAAUUGCAGCAUAUACCGUUGAAAUUAUUAUAAAGGGGGAAAAAAGCUAAAGUAACAAAACCCAUCUAAGCCUUUUUUUUAAACUAGUUUAUCAUACGAUGUCUUGUUUUUAGUUUUGUUAUAAAAUGGAUACUGACUAUCAUUUAGACAUCUUGGAGGAACAGAUGAUAAAUAAGAGGUUUAACAGCCUUAACAUAUGGUCCCUCACUAUAAAAAUAAGGUAAAAUCUAUUUUGUUGCAUCAAACUUACUUCCAGAGUAAAUCUAAAGCUUUUGAAUAUUUCGUUAAUAAAGGUUUAGAAUAAGUUUUAUAAGCUUUUGGACCCUUAAAAAAUACCAUAAUGUAAACCAAUUUUCAAUAUUCAAAGAAUAUAGGGAAGAUUAAAGGACCUUUCCAACAAAAUUGGUCAAAUGGAGGUCACAAAACAACCCAGUACUAGCAAGCUCAGCAGGCCUCGCUUGGCUCAUUUAAUGUCAAAGUUUUUGAUUUCAUAAUAAGAAAGAGUCUUCACAGAAAUGGCCUCCUUAACACGGCAUUAUUAAAAAAUAAAUAAAUAAAUCAACAAUGAAGCAUGGUGGUGUAGGAAUAAAGGAUGUAAAAUGACCAGUAGAGUCUGAAGAUGAAUGUCUAUCCAUCAGCUAGUAACUAAGGUUCUCCAGCAGUAAAAUUAUCCGAAAAAAACAAGUCCACCUUUCAACGAUUCAGGCUUUGGUGUGCCCAAGUCAAAGUUCAUAUUUACAUUUGGCUGAAUUAAUUUAGCAUGACAUUAAAAAGUCUUAGUAUUAAAACGGUUCUGGAAGAGACGCAGACAGAAGUACCUCCACAUUGAUGUAGAAACCUCUUUACAAAUUAUAGGAAUUGUUUGAUGUCAGUUGGUGCCCCUAAAGGAGCUGCAACUAACUACUGUGUUCAGGGUGGGGUUACUUUUUGAUAUCAUGCACAGCUUGCUUUGGAAAGCCUUUUUUUCCCUUAUAAAUGAAUUCAUCUAUUAAAAAAAUAUAUUUUUGUCUCAACAUAAACUGAAAGCAUUGAUGUGUUAGAAAAUGUGUUGAUCAUAAAAUCCUGCAAAAAAAAAAAAAAAACCCUUCAAAAACAUUUUAAUGGUCCAGAUAAUAUACAGGAUACUUUCAUUUAGUAUUGUGUGUCUUACAGUUGUUGCAUACAGAGCCAUGGACUUCCUGCUUUAGAAAAUUCUGCGUAUGACCUCAGGCAAAAGUAUCCAGAUGCCCUUAAGCUUAAACUCAGAGCUCUUUUUUUCAGAAUUUAUUGCUUUAAGUGAAUGCAGCGUGCCUUCUCCUUCUGCAGUGACACUAACCAAUGCCUCAGCAAGAAAAAAGUGCCCAUAAGACUGUAUUUUUAUUGUAAGUUAGAUGUGUUUACCUGUGUGAACUGAUCACUGUGCUUUUGCAUGAGCAACACUGAGACAAAUCUAUUUGCUGUUGUUACUAUAAAAUAUAAAAUGAUUUAUGGAAAACAGGCUGAAUGUAUUCUGUAUUUUAACUGAUACCUGCAGAGAGUUGCACCGUUAGUAUCAUCAAUAAAACUGCACUUCUGAUCAAUCA